AUGGAUAAUACUGGAUUCAAUUGGAAAUACCGGUUACUGUGUGGAUUAUGUGCUUUUCUCCACUUUUACGCGUCCAUCUCGGCGGAGUCCAGCUGUAAACUGAAGGCCAAGUUUAACCUGAGCGGGUACAGGAACGUGGAGAAGAAAAAGGUGGUCAUGGGAGGGAUGUUUCCCGUUCACCGCCGCAUCGCCUCAGCCAAUACCAACAGUUCCUCGGUGCCGCUGUCCCUGGGAUGCGAGGGGUUUAACUUCCGGACGUUCCGUUGGACUCAGACAAUGCUCUUCGCCAUUGAUGAGAUCAACAAGCGGACAGACCUCCUCCCUGAUACAGACCUGGGAUAUGUCAUCUACGACUCCUGUUUCACCAUCUCCAAGGCUGUGGAGGGCACCCUCACCUACCUGACGGGGCAGGAAGAGGCCGUGCCCAACUACCGCUGUGGCACAGGGGCGCCCCUGGCCGCUCUAGUGGGGGCUGGGGGGUCAGACCUGUCCAUUGCCACCGCGCGCAUACUGGGACUCUACUAUUUCCCCCAGGUGAGUUACGCGUCGUCCUGCUCUGUGUUGGACAGUAAGUUCCAGUUUCCCACCUUUCUGAGGACCAUCCCUAACGACGUCUACCAGUCUGAGGCAAUGGCCCGCCUGGUGCUGCACUUCGGCUGGACCUGGGUGGGAACCAUCGCCGCGGACGAUGACUAUGGGAAGUAUGGCAUCAAGGCCUUCAAGGAACAGGUGGAGGAGGCUGGGGUCUGCAUCUCUUUCUCUGAGACCCUGCCCAAGGUGAGCUCUCCAGAGGACAUCCAGCGUAUUGUGGAGACGGUGGUGGAGUCGACAGCUAAAAUCAUUGUGGUGUUCUCCUCUGAUGUGGACCUGAGCCCUCUGAUCCAGGAGCUGAUCCAACACAAUGUCACCAACCGCACCUGGAUUGCCAGUGAGGCCUGGGUCACCUCUGCACUGAUCAACCAGCCUGGGGUGAGUUCAUUGCUGGGUGGUACCCUGGGAUUCGGUCUGAAGCGUGCUGAGAUCCCCGGUCUCCAGCGUUACCUGCUAAACAUAGACCCCUACUCCAACCCGCUCACUGAGGAAUUCUGGGAAACGGCGUUCAACUGCACGCUGGACUACGGCCGGGCUCUGAGGCUGGCGAAAGAAAUGACGAAAGCAGCAGUGGAGCAGGGGGGCAACACGAGCCUGUCCAGGGCAGUCAGAGGGGUGCCUGAGUGGCUGUGUUCGGGAAAGGAGUCCCUGGAGAAACUGAAUAAUACCUACUCUGACGUGACCCAGUUACGCAUCACAUACAGUGUGUAUAAGGCUGUGUACACUGUGGCCCAUGCCCUGCAUAACAUGGAGAUCUGUGAGCCUGGCCUAGGGCCCUUCAACAACAACAGCUGUGCUGACAUCACCAAAUUUGAGCCCUGGCAGUUGAUGUACUACCUGAAGAACGUGUGGUUCCAGGUCCCCCACACCAAAGAACCUUUAUUCUUCCAGGACGGAGAUGUGGACGGCUACUAUGACAUCAUUAAUUGGCAGGUGAAAGGUGACGGGGAGAUCUCCUACGUGACGAUUGGCCAAUUCAACAGCACAGCAGCCCCGGAUGCCAUGAUGACUAUCAACAACGCAUCCAUAGUGUGGAACAAUGAUGAGCUGGAGACUCCGAGAUCAGUGUGCAGCGAGAGCUGCCAGCCUGGUACCAGGAAGGGGAUCAGGCAGGGGGAGCCCGUCUGCUGUUUCGACUGCAUCCCCUGUGCCGACGGAGAGAUCAGCAACGCCACAGAUGCCAGGGAGUGUAUCCAGUGCACUGAGGAUUACUGGUCUAACGCGGCCCGAGACACCUGCGUCCCCAAGACCAUCGAGUUCCUGGACUUCAGUGAACCUCUGGGCAUCACACUCAUGGUGAUAUCAGCUGUUGGAGCGCUGAUCACACUGGCUGUGGGGAUGGUCUUCCUGGUCAACCUGGGUACUCCACUGGUGAAGGCCAACGACCCCAUACUGAGUUUCUCCCUGCUGUUCUCCCUGGUGGUGACGUUCCUCUCCUCCAUCGUCUUCCUGGGAGAGCCCCAGCCCUGGAGCUGCAUGACCAGCCAGGUGGGCCUGGCCUUGGGGUUUUCCCUCUGCCUCUCCUCCAUCAUGGGUGGGUUGAAGUCUCUCUCUCUCUCUCUCUCUCAUGCUGUAACCACUGGCAACCCCGAUGUGGACUCUCUCCGUCCCGCCCACCAGAGGGCCCUGGCAGUCGUAUUAACACUGAUCCAGGCCGUGGCGUGCACGGUGUGGCUCAUCAUCCUGCCGCCGCACCCGGUUAAAAACACGGCGGCGCAGAACAUCAAGAUCAUCCUGGAGUGUGACGAGGGUUCUGUGGUCUUCAUCUGCUGUGUCUUCGGCUACGACAUCCUGCUGGCCCUGUUGGCCUUCAUCUUCUCCUUCAUGGCACGCAAACUGGAAGACAACUUCAGUGAGGCAAAGUGCUUGACCUUCGGCAUGCUGGUGUUCUUCAUCGUGUGGAGCUCCUUCGUCCCGGCCUACCUCAGUACACGUGGUAAGUUCAUGGUGGCCGUGCAGAUCUUUGCCAUCCUGGCGUCCAGCUUCGGCCUGCUAGCCUGCAUCUUCCUACCCAAGUGCUACGUCCUGCUGGUCAAGCCCGAGUUGAACACAGAGGAUAUGAUGCGGCCGCGUUCCAAGCCACGUGACGGGACUGGGACAGGGACCUCGGCCUCGCUAGCUACGGUGGCCACUGAAGUUCAAGCUACGACAGGCAAUGUUGAUUAUUAG